AUGAUCAGAGAGACUGUGUUUCUACUGCUAAAGCUUUGUGUUGUUACAUUUGCUGAAACGAAGAGCUGCCAAGACCGGUACAGCUGCUGCAUCGAACAGUGCUCCGCUUUUCCGAUUCUAGCGAAGCCGGUCGAAAGUGGCGAAAGUAGCGCCGCUGCUUUGAGCGACUUUGAAAGUCGAAAUUCGGAAAACCGCGUCGUCUCUUCGCUGAUCGAUGAUGCUAGCCAGGAGCCGAAGUACUUCAACUUGGCGAACAACUGCGGCAUGCUCCGCGGCGAUUUCAAGCUCGACGACGAGCUGAUUACUUUGAACAGGGGGCGCAUUCUCGGAUCUGAGCGGAACGAGCACAUCGAGGGACUCGACAGGCGCUUCGAUUCCAUCUUCAUGGGAGCGCUCAAUGACAGGGAUCUGAUUUUACAAUUCACCGGAUUUGAAACGCCAGCACUUCGCAAGCAGCCGUCUUACCGACCUAGCCAGGCGAUUUACAGUCAAGGCGGCUCACGUACUUCCAAACUUCGCCGGCCACCGACCCGCCAAGAACAAUCGAGACAUCGCAACCGGCUUCUCAGAGGCGGAGUUCUCUCGAAACACAGUCGACGACCCAAAGAUGCGCAGACGAAGAGAAUCGAGAAAAUCAUCAAAAAAAUCAACAAAAAGGAAUCGCACAAAUAUUCGCCCUGGCAUGUCCAUAUUGAAAUCACGAAAAUCACGACGAAAAGUCGAGCUUCCAGAGAUUCCUCCAUUAAAACCAGGACAUGCUUCGGAGUGUUGCUUUCGUCCUCUGUAGUAAUAACAUCGGCGCACUGCUUCAAGCGAUACAACACGUCAACAGAGGAAGUCGACACUUUUCUCACCGAAAACGACUUCAUCUCCAUUUACGUCGGGCUGGAACAUACCAACGACAUCGGCGCCCCCGAAGAGAGCUCGAGAAAUGAAAGGGUUCAAAAAGCACAAGCUACGGCUCAGGAUGUAAUCUUCCACCCUCUUUGGAUGACCCCGUCGCACAACAUCGCAAUAAUCAAAUUGGAUCAAAGUCAAUCCAGCCCGUUCCGGCUCUCCAGCCUCGUCCACCCAAUUUGCCUCGGCGCAGAGACCUUCGAGCUGGAGACUUCUGCCCACGCGCUCAUCUCUGGCUACGAAGUCAACAGAAAAUCCCCGGAUAAGGAUGAAAAACUGCAGUUUUCGCUUUUGCGAGUGACGUCGCCUUCGGAGUGCCGGAAGUUCGGAGCGAGCAGGAAGAAGGAAGACUACUUCGAUGAUGAACAGGCGCAGUUUGACUUUUCCCAAAUUGUUACUGCCGAGAGCGGGAAGCUCUAUUGCGUCACUGCCAAAAAGAAAGAGCUUUGCAAAGGAAGCCACACGAGCUCACUAAUCGCUCCCUGGCGCUGGUCAAACGGAGAAGCCCGCUUCGUCCUGGCCGGUCUGGCCUCGCGCCGCAGCUCGACCAGCGAAUCCAACUGCGGCGAAGGACCAGAAAUGUUCAUCAAAGUAUCCCGCUUCAACAAGUUCCUGGACGAGUUCUUGACCAACUGGUCGACUUGGUCAGAGUGGUCCGAAUGCGACCAGUCCUGUGGCGACGCGAAAAAGCAUCGAGUGCGCAUGUGCGAAAGCUACUCGAACGAGCGCAGCUGCGAAGGACUCUCGCACGAGUCCAAGUACUGCCGGGUGAAAAUGUGUCCCCAAGUGAGUGGCGACUGGAGCGAGUGGAGCAAGUGCUCGAAACAGUGCGGCGGAGGGCUGCGGACGCGGAGCAAACAGUGCGAGCCGAUCGACUUGUGCUACGAAAUCGCGGAGCAAAGGGAAAGCUGCAAUACCAAUCCUUGCGAGUCGAGUUGGGCUUGGUCUGCUUGGAGCGAUUGCCAGUGCAGUUCUACUCUUAGGACGCGCAUUUAUCCGCAGUGCGUCUACAAGGGACGAGCGGUCUCCGAUGAAACUUGCGCAUCAGCCGGGCCGAGACCAACUGAAAGGAUAGAAAACGAGCCGAGGCAUGAUAGACGGAGGCAUAGUCCUUCAGGACUCUCUUUUGACGCCUUUUUUCUCACCGUCCAGGAUGAGGAUAUUUGCUCCGCUGCUUCUAGGCCGAUUGAGUCGGUAAAAGACGCGUUGAAGAGCAUGCGUUUGACUACCGACCACACUGGCAAAGCUGAAUGCCAGCAGGGCGAGAGCAAGUACAGUUGGACAGACAGUAGUCGAUUCGGACACUGUAUGCUCACGCUUGACAACAAGCUGAUCAUCUUUGGCGGGAGAAACGCGGGCAGUCUUUGGGAAGGAGAUCUGCUAGUGCUGAACCCGGCGAAUUUGCGAUGGGAGAAGCAUCCUUUCGGAGGCAUCAAAAGGGCGCACGGUUCAUGUACAGUUUUGAGCGGGCGCGCUUGGAUCUGCGGCGGCGAGGAGCACAUGGAAAAGGCGCGCGCAGGGCGGCCAGUUUCUAGCUGCCACUCGUUCAGCUUCAAAGACGGCUGGAGGGACGAAGUGAGCAUGCCCGAUCCGAUCAUCAACCACGCCAUCGCCGCCUUUCCGAAAACGAACUCGAUCUUCAUCAUCGGCGGGCGAUACAACCAUCGCGACUGGAGCACUGUGCGCUUCCUCGACGCCGCCUCCUCCCCCACCAGCCGCUGGGAGAAGGCCGCCAACUUGCCCGAGCGCGUCAGAGAGGCGAUCGCCUUGACUUUGGACGACUCAAUUUACGUCUUCGCCAAGUCUGCUUACAAAUACUCGCCGCUGGCCGAGCGUAAUUCAUGGAUUCACUUGGCUUUGAUAAAACCCAGAAAUGAAUUUUUAGCCGCUCUUUCAAUCGGGCCGCGAAUCUGGAUGAUAAGCGCUGCCCAGUCAGCCAGAAGCAGCGGCCGCCUCACCAUAGAACAAUUCAACACAAUGACCAACCAAACACAAAGCUUCGACUCGUUCCGAUUCGGCGAGCGCGCCAAAUUCGGCAUCGCGCUGGUCCCUCCCGUCUACGAAAAAACGCUCUUCCGCCAAAUUACUUCGCGGCAGGACAGCUACGAUGCCUGGCCUUGA